AUGGAUGAGCUCCAGAACAGACUGGAAACCAUCUCAGACUGGGGAUACGUCAUAUAUCGCACUACCUACACUGUGGAAUCUGAUACUGCUUUCCCACACGCUAUUAGAUAUAUCGAAACCUGCCUGAAAAGUGAAUUCUUUGACGAGGUGACGCCAAGGCUUAGACCUUAUGAUGACGACCCUGUUCACAUUUGGUCCAGAUAUAAGUCGACAAUCAUAGAAGACCCCGCGCAAUUUGACGGGGCCUCUAUCGAGACCAUUCGCACUCAUUUUGAGACAUGGGUAGAUGCUCAAAAAGCUCGCGAUUUCUUUAACAAAUUUCGAAUGUGCAUAAUUAUUGAUGAAGAAUCUCUGCAAACACUCAAGGACGGAUCAGUGGGGGACGUCGAAAAUGAUGACCACGAACUACGAUUGGUGAAGGUCCUCGAAGCAUUCCCCAUUGUCGAUUCGUCAGACGGGUUUCCCGGGUGGAUGAAAUGCUGGACACAUGCACUGUGGUUUCUCUGGUCUAAUUGGGGGAUGGCGAUGAGAUGA